UGAACCGGUUCAAAAAUCUCAAACCCUAGAUGGUACCUCGAAUUUACCAAUGCUUUCGCAAUCUAUAACUUUAUCGCUCAGCGCCCUCUCUCUCUCUCUCUAAGCAUCUUCGUGUUUCCUUCGCCUAGGGUUUUUGUUCAAUUGGAUUCUCUCAUCUGCAGGAGGCAAUUAUUGAUAUAGAAGAAUGGGUGAGACUGGGAAGCGAUAUCGUUCCCAUAGGGACAAUGAUGGAGAUAGAAAGAAUCAGAAGAGACGGGGAAAUGAUAGAGAUGACAAGGGUAAUGAUGAACUGAUCAUUUAUAGGAUUCUAUGCCCUGAUGGGUUUAUUGGGAGUGUGAUUGGGAAGAGUGGGAAAGUGAUAAACUCGAUACGGCAAGAGACAAAGGCCAGGGUUAAGGUUGUUGACCCGUUCCCUGUUGCUAAGGAUAAAGUUAUAUUAAUCUAUUCCUACGUGAAGGAUAAAGAUGAAGUAGAGGUGGAUGACGAAUUCGAUGACGGAGAGCCUCUUUGUCCUGCCCAAGAUGCUCUUCUGAAGGUGCAAGCUGCAAUUGCAAAUGCAGUGGCUUCAGUUGGUGAUUCGGACAAGAAGUGGAAAGACAAGGAAGAGUGUCACAUUCUUGUUCCCGCCAGCCAGGCUGCCAACAUUAUUGGGAAGUCUGGGUCCACUAUAAAAAGACUGAGAAGCAAGACAAGGACAAACAUUAAGAUUACUGCAAAGGAUGCUAGCGAUCCCACUCAUUCAUGUGGAAUGGAGUUUGACAACUUUGUUGUGGUAACUGGUGAGCCCGAUGCAGUGAAGAGAGCAUUGUUUGCAAUUUCAGCAAUCAUGUACAAGUUCAGUCCAAAGGAAGAGAUUCCUCUUGACACCAAUGUGCCUGAAGCCCCUCCAAGCAUCAUUAUCCCUUCAGACGUUCCUAUUUAUCAUGCUGGUGGACUCUAUCCAAGUGUAGAUCCUAUUGUCCCAUCCAGAUCUGUUCCUCCUGUCCUAGGUGCUACACAUGUUCCGGAACUUUCAGGGUAUGCUGAUGCAGGGAGCACUUGGCCUGUUUAUUCUUCUGCCCUUCCUGUAGUUUCUGGUUAUGGUGGUACAUCAAGAUCAGAGGAGUUAAUUGUGAGAGUGCUGUGCCCCUCUGACAUGAUUGGGCGCGUUAUUGGCAAGGGAGGGGGUUCAAUAAAAAGUGUGAGACAGGCCAGUGGUGCUCGUAUUGAGGUUGAUGAUAAGGCUGAUCGUGAUGAAUGUAUCAUCUCCAUCACGUCAACAGAGUCCAUGGAUGACAUGAAAUCCAUAGCAGUUGAAGCGGUUUUAUUGCUGCAAGGGAAGAUAAAUGACGAAGAUGAUGACACUGUAACUAUCUGGCUUCUUGUUCCAUCUAAAGUUAUUGGUUGUAUAAUUGGAAAAAGUGGUUCAAUCAUAAAUGAGAUCCGAAAGAGAACUAAAGCUGAUGUCCGUAUCUCCAAAGGCGAGAAGCCUAAGUGUGCUGAUUCCAACGUUGAACUUGUUGAGGUAGUUGGGGAAGUUAGUAGGGUGAGGGAUGCACUUAUUCAAAUCGUUCUGCGGCUUCGAGAUGACGUCUUAAAAGACAGGGAAGGUGGUCAUAAUACUUCUGCUGGUGCCGAUUCUAUGUAUUCUGGUGGUACUGGUUUUUCUAUGCCUUCAGUUUUGCCUAGUGUUCCCCCAGUUGCUCCAAUGGGUUAUGAACAGAGAGCUGAAUCUGGGAGUGGCUUAGGCAUGCUUUCUUCAGGCAGCCUUUAUGGAUAUGGAUCUUUAUCAAUGGGAGACAAUGGCUAUGGAUCUUUGUCUUCAUACUCGUCAAAGAUGUAUGGAGGAUUGCCGCCUCCAUCAACUUUUGAGAUGGUGGUUCCUGCUCAUGCAGUGGGUAAAGUGAUGGGUAAGGGCGGGGCUAAUAUAGCUAACAUCCGUAAGAUAUCUGGAGCAGUUGUAGAGAUCUCUGAAUCCAAAUCUUCCCGGGGUGAUCGUGUGGCUCUAAUAUCUGGCACAUCUGAGCAGAAGCGUGCAGCUGAAAACUUGAUUCAGGCAUUUAUAAUGUCUACCUAAAAUAUGAGGAUGCUUCUUGGUAUUUGAAGGUGAAUUCUGGUUUAGAUCAUGGAGCAUUCUCCCUCAAAUGUUUACUCUCUCUAGUUCCUUUAGGUCAUGUCUUGGAGAGGGCUUCAUUUCUAGGUUUUGUCUGUUGCAAUCCUGUUUUUUUUCAUAACAAAGCCUAUCAAGAUUGUGCCGGAAGAUUCACUGCAGGCUCUAUUUUCUGUGGAUAUAGGUUGUCUAUGUUGCUUAAUCGAUUCUUCAUCUGCGGCUGUCUUAGAACUGAUAGGAUCUUCUCUCCUUUCAAAGUGUUUUAUUAAUUCUUAUCCUUGGUUAGUGUGGAUUCCAUCUUAUUUGCAGAUACUGUUUUGCUCUAUAACUUUGAUGUUCGUGCCAGAGUACUUUCAGUAAUAACCAUAAUUGUCGGAUUCAUAAUACAUGGAUGUUUUAAUUAGUGUUGCCAUACAAUCCUCUUAUUCUCAUCUUCUUGAGAAGAUAUCCUGUCUGAUGCACAAUGAAAUGAACUUGGUUCUAAACUCUUUUUCUUUUUACUUCCCUGACUUGGUUGACAAUUACAGAUUAGUUUCACAGAAAAGGUACACCUCAAUUUCUUGAACUAAUGACUUAUGCAUGCUAUAUGGCAUUGUCCUUUCCCCCGUCUUUCUUCUAAUUUGAGUUCUGUGCUUGACCUGUUUAUAUGAAGAAUCUACAGCUAAAAUUAAGUCACGAGAAUUGUCGUUUCUUCAAAUUCCAGCUGAUGCUUUGUCUUUGUUGGGAUUCCUUUAUAACUUAUGCCAUCAUGAAUCUUUUUUGGAAAUCUAAUUCUGUGAUUCCAGAAAAAUCAAUAAAUGCUUUUUAUCUAAAAACUUGUCAGGAUUGAUGGCCUUCUAAUGGUCUUUUAGAAUUUGUCUAUUAAUCCUGCCAACCUUUUCCAUUCUUAGUUGACUGUUCAAUAGAAAUUGUGGCUCACAAGAAUAUACUUAAUAGUCCUUGGUUAUUUUGUGCAAAGGAGCUUUCCACCUAAUUUAUUACACCACUCUGAAUGAACCUCACUGCUGCCUUCUGGAUUCAGCAUUGGAGCUCUUCCUUUUUUUAUAUAGCCACCACUCUUAUAUUUUCAAGUGAUUGGGUUCCCAAUGCCUUCGUAUGGCUUAGUUCUUUGAUUCAUAAAUCUCUAUUGCUUUGGUAUUAGGACCAAAGAAAAAAAAAAAAAACCCUAGAAGCAUAAAAGUUUUCUUGGGUUUUCAAGUAGCCAGUCUGGUUUGUGGGAGCUUCUAUUGACACAACAAAAUUAUCUCCUAUUCAUCCCUAAGUGUGUAUUUUUUAAUUACAAUUUUCUAUCCCUUUCUAAAACUACCAUUAAACCCACAAACACUUGAAACCCAAUUUGUCUGCACAACCAUCUUUUACACCCCUCUCCUUUCAAACCCUAACUCUAUUGCACCACCAACCACCACCCUCGGCGCAGCUACUGCCACCACCUCUGACUACCAACAGCGACUGCUGCCACCUCCGAUGACUGCAAUGCCCGUUCCCCCUCUCCCACUGCAACCCCCCUUCCCAACUGCAAACCCCCCUGCAACUCUCUCCUCCCUACCCUUCUCCCCUCCCGUCCUUUUUAACGUCCCACCCAUCCCCAACCCCUCCCCCUCCAUUUGGUGGUCGGUCGUUGAAUGAACACCAUUGAUUUGGCAUGAAGAAACCAAACGAAGGCCAUUGGUUCAGCUUCGGUUGUCUGGACCUGAACAUUGGCAUUGAAUUGGUUCCAUGAAGCCACACAGAAGCCAUGGUUUGGCUCUUGUUAUCUGAACUUUUUCUUCUUUUUUGAAAAUCCUAGAUUUUCUCUCUCCCCUCUGAAAAUUCUAUAUUUGAAGUUUGGGGUGCGUUGGGGGGCUGCAGGGUGGUUGCCACUGGGGUGGGCGAGAGCUGCAGAGGGGGUAGGUCACUGGGAUUGGAUAGAGCUGCUGUGGGUCGAGGCUGCGGGUUGGUGGUCACUGGGGUAGGGGAAGGAGGUCGGGGGUGGGAGAGGGCUUGGAGGUGGUGGCGGCUGUGGUGGUUGGCAGUUAUGGUUGAGGUGGGUGUGAGGUUUGAAAGGUGCAGGGGUGUAAAGAGAUGAAUGGAGGUUAGUAAUGAGGGUAUGUUUGAAAUUAUGAGAGGUGAAAGGAGAUAACAUGAAGAAUUUUGAAUUUUUGAUGGGGGUUUAAUUAAAAAAUGUGUAAGGAGAUCAUUUUGUUGUGUAAGUAGAAGCUCUGGGAUAAAUAUCCAACCCACCCAACCCAGUCCAAUUCUCUGUUUCACUGUACUUCGUGUGUUUUCUUCUAUCAUAUUGCUACUUAUCAAUGCAUCGUUUUGGUGUGUUUCUACUCUUUGGACCUUGCUAUAUACUUGCCUUGCAGGAGAUAGCUUAGUUGCCAUUGUUCUAUACUUCCUAUUUAAUUAAGAUAACAAAAAAUACCCAUCUGACUUGCACUCCUGCGUAACCUGACAACUGUAUUACUCUGUUAUGAACUACUCUAGACUUUUUUCCAUAUUUCAUGAAAAAUAUCUCGUGUUUCGUUCCCAUUCCCAUCAGACUGAAUACUAUGAUUUGCAUUUCAAAUAGGCAUGAAUACAUCUAUAGGAUAACUUUGGCCUUGAAAGUUAUUUGGACUUUUUAUAUGAUAUCCGCGAUUCCUCUAUCUAUUGUCUCUUCAAGUGGGUAUAUGGCCGUUUUGGAGGGAUUCUUCUGCGGGGUUUUGCAGUAGCUCUCUAACUUACCGCUUUAAAGCUUAAUGUCCUGUAUACUGGGUACGAGUCUGUUGACUUUUUUGAACUAAGGAUAUAAGUUUGCAGCCUGUCUUCUACAUUUAGUAGUAGUAUUUCCACUCUGACCUAGAAUCUAUAGCGUAUCUCUAAGAAAUCAAGCUGAAUAUAAUCUAUCUUCAUUCAUUUUCUUAAUGAACAGCUGUUAGAAAGAUCAGUUACAGACCCAUAACCCCAUCCUUUUAGUGUUACAUCUGAACUUAGCUGUAGUCUACCAGACAGAUAUUGUUUUUGUAGUGAAAUGUUGGUGAUGACAUCUUUCUACUCCAGAAAAGUUAUGCUUGCCUUUAAUAUGUAUCAAGGCAUCAAAUGAUACUCUGUUUCUAUCUACUCUUGUAGUCUGUUUAGCGCGUUCGUAUCUUUCUUCUUGCACCAUUUUCCCUGUGGCAUAUGCCUGUAUCAGUUUAUCGUUUCAGAACUUAAGUGGGUGUGUUUGGGAACAUUGUAGUAAUGCAGUGGGUGUGGCUUCUUCUGGGAAAAGGGUGACUGGAAAGAUUGAUUUAUGUGUGGCCUUACGUGUUCGGGUUGUGUAAAGCUUUUCUUGUACACUUGGAUUUCAUUAUUUUUGGUUGCUCUGGUUUCAAGCCUUGGUGGUUUGAGUGCUGAGGUUGAGAGGGGUUAUAAAGUGUAUUUGGAGUUGGAAGCAUUUUGGAAAAAAAAUUUUGCUUUUGUUUUUGUUUAUUUGAGGAUGUGUAGGGAUAUGAUUAAUUAUCUUUGAGCUAUGUAGAAUUAUUAGAGAAAUUUAUUUUAUUUUAGCUGUUUCAUAUGGAUUUAUAAGGUUGUUGAGUCGAGAAGAAUGAUUCAUGUAGCCGACUCUAUUUGAUGGGACUUAAGUUUUGUUUGGUUUGAUUUAUAUGAA